AUGAUCAUAUUGAAACGAAAUUAUUCAGAAUACCAGCAAACACUGUAAAUUUACACCUACCUGAAGGCGGCAAAAUUUUUUUUUCUUCAAAAUUAAUAGAUUAUCCUUUUAUUAAAUUGUAAGUUAAAGAUUCUGGUAAUGGAAUAAGUUCAAAUUAAUUAUAAAACUUACGAAAAGUUUUAACUAGUUCAGUGGACAAAAGUCUACAUAAAUCUAAAAUAAAAAAGUGUUUAAAAAAAUGAUGGAACAUUAGAAAUUAUUUCAAAAAAUAAAAAUAAAGGAACAAAAAUAUAUUUCAAAAUAGAAAAUCUUUUAAUUUGUAGAGAUGAAUCUGUUAGAAAUCCUAUGAUUUCUGAAUACAAAACUAAAAAUAAUACUUAUAAAUAAUAUGUCUUAAAAUGAAGGUAGCAAUUGUAGUUAAGUUUUACCGGUAAUUGUCUGAAAAUUCAAAAUUUGGUGCUCAAUCUCCUUCUUAAAAGAGUAAAACAACAAAAAGUAAAUUUUAUAAUUUGCCUCCAAUUAAUUUAGCUGAAAGUUCUUUAGAUACGAUAGAUAAUUAGAAUUGAUUUACCUUAAAGUCCUGAAUAUUUUCUAUAUAAAGAAGAAAUUUAAUUAAAAAAAUAAAAAACUCCUAAAUGUUAAUUAUGUACUAAAGUAUUUAAAAUAAAACACUUAAAUUAGAUGCUUAAAAAGAUUAUUAUUAUGUGUUCUGCAGUUGAUACUGAAGAAAAUUGUAGGGAAGGAGAAGCAGUAGGAAUGUCAGAGUUCCUACCUAAACUCAAUUACAAAGAAUUAGAAAGAAAUUAGAUAGAUUUGGUUUUCUCUGAUAUAUACUAAGUUGUUUCACACCUUUUUAAAAUAAUAUAAUAUUAUUUUUUAAAUUUGCUAAUGACAAAUAUCAGAAAAUAAAUUAUCUUUUUCAUUUCAAAUUUUAACCUAUACUUUUUAAUUAAAAAACCAAAAUUUAAGAAAAAAUAGCUUAUUAUUAGAAUGAAAAAAAAAAUAUCCAGUAAUAAAACUCAUUAUGAUCGUUAAUAUAAUUGA